AUGGUGCCAGAGGUCUAUGUGCCUGCGCAUGGUGGGAAUUACACUUUUGUAGCAGCAGGGUUUAGGCAUGCCUGCGCCAUCUCUUUUGAUGGUAGCUUGCAUUGUUGGGGAGACAUGGAGGGUGAAAUACCACAAGGGAGAUUCUUUUCUUUGGCGUUGGGAGAGAACCGAAGCUGUGCCCUUGGGUAUGACAGAAGAGUUCUAUGUUGGGGGUCCAAUAAUUUCAUCAUGCCACCCAGAUUGCAAGACACUUUCUUUGAAUCAAUUGUGGCAAAGAGAAGUGUUUUCUGUGGUGUUGUGUCUUCUAACAAUUCCUUGCUUUGUUGGGGUUCCGAAUUUUUUGAGUCAAACGCGAAGGUGUUUGACGAUGUCCUUCCAGGGCCUUGUAGGAGCCAGUGUCCGUGUGGGCCCUUGCUAAAUUCAGCCAAACUAUGUCCCUCUCCUGACAUCAUUUGCCAACCCUGUUCCCCCCAAGUGGCUCAAUCUCCACCACAACCACCAAAUAAUAACACAGGUUGGAGCAGAAAAAUGGUGGCAUUUCUGGUGGUUGGAUGUGUUGGUUGCAGUUCCCUAUUGCUAGUCAUGGCUUUCUUCCUUUACAGAUACUGCAACUCCAACCGCAGAGCAAGCCGUGUCCAUGAUUCUGACAGGUUGGAUGGGUCUCAACCUGUAUCUCGUGUUCUUCAGAAGCGUUUGAGCCAUGUGAUCAGCAUGGGAAAUGGAAGCCCUUUGGAGGAGUUUUCUCUAGAGACACUGCUCCAAGUCACCGACAAUUUCUCUGAGGACAAGAGAAUCGGAAUUGGCAGCUUCGGUUCAGUGUAUUACGCAACUUUAGAGGAUGGAAAAGAGGUUGCUAUAAAAAGAGCGGAAGCCUCAUCCUCCUCCUAC